GGGUUUGUCAGAGAGACGCAGCUUGUGCGAGACGCCUCCCAGAGACAAGAGGCACAAUGGGAAGGGGGUGAUGUCACAGCACAGACAGUCUGAGAGUCUCUGAGCAACAGUCACAUCCAACGUGACCACUCGUGUCCCCCCUUCCCAAUAUUCCCAGUACAAUCCAAAGACACAGACAGACGUAUGCAGAGCCCCCCACUCACCCCCACUCACUGCCAUGUCUAUCUGCCACUCCAGUGCCAACCACUGCCAGGGGUCACAAAGCUUGCGCUGUGCACAACAAGCUGGGACUGCUGAGACCCCCAAUGUCACAGUAGGAAUGGUGGGCAACAGAGAGUCUCGGGAAGGUCUGUAAAGGGGAAACAAAACCAAACAGAGGCGACUUGGGGAUCAGUCUCCGAGAGGAUUUGGAUGGCACAGGGCUGCCUGCCCUUCGUUAUGGGAUCUUGUAUCUCCAAAGAGUUCUUCUUCAGUGGCCACAAGGACAUUCACUUGUCCAACAAUGUCACCAAGUCAGCCAGCCCCCCAAUGUCUGCACAAGCCCCUCGUCCCCUAGGGGAUCCAGCACCAACAGAAAGCCCUGAAGAGGAGGAGGAUGAAGAGGAUGAAAUGGGGAAGAAAUGCUUCAAGUCUCCAAAUGGGUUUAUGUGCGACUCCAAGGAAAACGGCAGCAAUUACAACAUCACAGAACUCGCCACUUCAUCACUUACAGGUUUGGUGCAAACGAUUAAGGACCAUAUCACAAAGCCAACAGCCAUGGCUCGCGGGAGGGUCGCCCACCUCAUAGAGUGGAAAGGCUGGAGUGCCCCCCAAUCAGGCUGGGACCCCUCUGUUACUGAUGAUGAGCGUUACUCAGACCUGACGGAUGAGCUGAAGGAAGCGCGUUUUGCAGCAGGGGUCGCAGAGCAAUUCGCUAUCACAGAAGCCACACUCAGCGCCUGGUCCUCUCUGGAUGAUGAAGAAAUGCAUUUUGGGUUGGGCUCACAAGAAGUGCCCCAGCUGCAAGACCUGGAGAGUCUCUACCUACAGGGGAGGCUUCUGAGUUACACCCACGGGGCCUUCGGAUCAGAUGUGGGGGGGAGCCUGUCGUACUCCUCGGCCGUGUCCUUAUCAGCGGCCCCCCAGCACUUACUGCCCAUGGAGAGUUGGGAUGUGACUCACCCGCCUGCGUUUCCCUGUGGGACAAUGAGCAGCAGCUCCGACAAUUCCAGAGCAGCAGCAGCAGGAGAGGGGGAAGCCCUUCCGGAAUCCUUCAAACCCCGACUCAACAACUCCCUGCACUACGUGGACAGCAGCUCCCUGUCUGAGGACGAGGUCUUCUUCAACUAGGGGGACCCCAAAUAUUAUGGGCUCUCUGUGAUACUGGUGGGGGCCAUACAUUCCCUCUGACUCUGAUUGGCUCCCACCUCCUCAGAAGCAGCAGAGUAACACCCACUUGAUUGGCAGCACGAAUGUCCUGAGAACAGGGAAUCCCGACUGGAGUCUGGGGGGGGGGGUUCCCAGUACCACUGGAUCUCAGGGCUGGUGGGACGAUAUGAAUAACCAGCAGAACCACAUUAUCUCUAUUUGACUUAAGUCACUGGAUGUUCCACAGGGGAGUCUGAUCCACUUGUCCAUGUUGUGUUUUCUACAUUCUUAGUGCAAAUCACCAGGAAACUGACGGCCCUUCCCUUCUGUUGUUCAACUGUAACACUCAACAUCAGAGGGAGGUCGGCUUGGCUUAAACCUGUGCCCAUUUGCAGCACUCACACGAGUAAUAACCCCCUGGGUAAGUAAAUCCAAUCUCCCCCAGUACUUACCCAGGUACAGAGCUCUGAUUCUCUAGGGAAAGGCCUCCCAGGGCUAGGGUAUUGCACCCUGCCAUGGGAAAGAGAGCAGCCCAGGAGCAGGAAGUACAGAGAAUCAGAGCUUUGUACUUGGGUAAGUACUGGGGG